AUGUCAGACCCAAGUCCUCUCUUUCUUCAUGACAGUGAUAGUGGGUCAGGCAGCUCUGGUGGGGCAGCCGGUGAGUGAUUAGUAGAUAAGGGAGAAUGCUUGGCGAGGCGUUAUCAGAGAAUGUGAUGGGUUUGGUAACAUAUUACCUGCUCGCUCACAUACUUUAUCAGUGACAUCAGGAGGUAACGCUCGGCAUUUCCCAAUUCUGCACCUUCCCGUGUUCAGACACCACUCUUAUCACAUAAAGCAAACAGGCUCUGCAAUGAAAUGUGUGGGAAUAUAUCUGCGGUAUGUCGGGAUCCAGAACAUUGUGCGCUUCAAAAAUAAGUCACAUACUUUAUUGAUCAAAAUUUCAAGUGAAUGAUUUGGAGAAUGGACAAAGGUGACUAAAUAUGUCUUCCCUAUAACACUCUGUGAAAGGAGAAUGUUCAAACCGCAACUUUAGAUACUAAGAGUGAGACGUGAAUGUGUCACCAUCAACAACCAUGAACUAAACGAAUUCAGAAGAAACUAAAAUAUAUUUAUAAAAAAAAAAAACUAUUGUAUAGAGCAGUAAUUCCUAAACUUUUUAGCUUCAAGGCGCCCUAAAUAUCUCAAUAUUUUUCAAAGGCACCUCAAGUUAAAAUUUCUGUGUUGUAUAUCUGUACAGCGCAGCUGCAUUUACUGGCGCUAUAGUGUAAUGUUGGUGUUUAAAGGUGUGCUUGUAUAUAAAUUUUGUGUUUUAAUACAGGGGUGUGUUUGUAUGUAAUGUUUGUGUUUGAUUGCAGGGGUGUGUCUGAAUUUAGUGUUCACUUUUAUAUGCGGAUGUACAUCUGUGUGAAGUAUUUGUGUUUGAGUAAAGGGGUGUGCUUGUAUAUCAUUUUGGAGUUUGAAUGCAGCAGUAUGUUUGUAUGUAAUGUUUGUGUUUGAUUGCAGGGGUAUGUUUGUAUGUAAUAUUUGUGAUAGAUUGCAGGAGUGUGUUUGUAUGUUGUGCUGGUGUAUAAAUGCUUGGAUGUAUGCACAUACAUACAUACACACAUACAUACUUACAGAUAUACAUGCACAUUAACACACAGAUACAUAUUUAUACACCGACACAUACACACAAAUUUAUAUAGACACUGACACAUACACACACACUGACAUAUACACACAUCCUGACACACACAACCAUUGAUACAUGCACACACCAUGAUACAGAUACAAAAACAAAACCCAAAAAGGAAGGUAUAGUUUGCGGCGCUAAAACAGCUGCUAGAACACACCAAUAGGACUUAACCACAGAGGUCCUACAAGAGACAAAUCACAGCUAUACAGAAUAGUGUGCAGCGCAUAAAAAAUAUAUUCACAAGAACCACAUAUAAGUGAAAACUUCCACCUUAAAUGAAUAGAUAAUAAUAAAUAAGUACCCCAAUGAAAUCGUUAUCAGAAAGGGUAUGCCUUAUCUAUAAAAAAUAGAAAGAUCAUAGCAUAACACUGUGGUAAUGAAUAGGUUGAAUAAAGCAAUCUGUAUGGUCCAACUCACAUAUAGUAGAGCCUGUUACAAACUGGCUCAGGUAUAGUUGCUUAAACAGGAUAUCCUCAAAUGGAAUCACGAAAGCUGCAGCUUGAUCCUCAAUAUAAAGUGCAUAGACAUCAAUUAGAAGAAUAGCAGCAGUACAAUUUAUUAAAAUCAAUAGUAAAAGCUUACAUAUAAAUUUCUGGAAAUCCAGCAAGUAGCACAACGCGUUUCGACGUUACAAUACGUCUUCCUCAGGUGCAAUUUUUAUGCGCUGCACACUAUUCUGUAUAGCUAUGAUACAGAUACACACUGGCAUAAAAACAUACACCCUGACACACAGAUGUAUGCGCGUACACCAGCACACACACUAACAUAUAUACACACACACAGAUACACACCCUGACUCACACACACAGAUACACACCCUGACUCACACACACAGAUGCACACCCUGACUCACACACUCAUACUCACACAUACACAUGUGAUUUUUUUUUAUUUCUCCAGCCACCCUCCUGCUAGCUUACUUUGUGUGUCCAGAAGGGUGGCUUGGAGUCCUGAUCCUGCUCUUGGAGUGCUCCUCUUCCCCUUAGUGUGGAUGCCUCCUCCCCCUCAGGCUGACACUACAGGUGCCAGGUCGAAGUCUUAAAGCACCGUGGCACCCGACCAGGCUCCUGUUCAGCAGUUAUGUUUCCCGGUGCUAUAAUCAUUAUACUAUUGCAGCACCCUGGCACACAGUUUGGGAAUCACUAGUAGAGAGCUAUAAAUUCUGUAUUAAAACUCAUAGAAUUACAGUAAUAGCAAGUCAGAGCAAACUGAUUAGCAAAGCCAUCAAUGAUAAAUGUACAAUGUGCCAGAAACGAGAUGAUAUAAUAUGGCCACAACAUGCUCAGCUGUCCAACGCAGUGAAUUAUCCUUCACAAUAACAUGAUACGCCAUCUUGCUAUUGAACCCAGAUAUCUCAGAAGUUCUGGUAAUAUAGCCAUAUCCAGUAAAAUGUAAUAAUGCACCAAGAAACGCAAUAUGGAGCUGUACUCUCCGCACGUCUUCCACCAUGGACAAUACAUAUAUGUGUGUGUGUGGAUAUUAUAUUAUGGAAAACCACCCGUCCCAAUUAGCAAAUAAAAGUGAACAGCAAACAGUGUCCCAAAUAAACUUUAUUUUUAUUUAACAAACGACAACGAUAUCUAAGACGAUCACCUAAUAUACAACACUCAGUUUAACAAUGUGACAAGAUAUCCAGGACAUUAUAACAUCACACACAGCCAUAUUGCACUCAGCCAUAUCGCACUCAGCCAUACCGCACUCAGCCAUAAUAUACAACACUCAGUUUAACAAUGUGACAAGAUAUCCAGGACAUUAUAACAUCACACUCAGCCAUAUUGCACUCAGCCAUAUCACACUCAGCCAUACCGCACUCAGCCAUAUUGCACUCAGCCAUAUCGCACUCAGCCAUACCGCACUCAGCCAUACCGCACACAGCCAUACCGCACUCAGCCAUAAUAUACAACACUCAGUUUAACAAUGUGACAAGAUAUCCAGGACAUUAUAACAUCACACUCAGCCAUAUUGCACACAGCCAUACUGCACACAGCCAUAUCGAAAAACAGCCAUACCGCACUCAGCCAUAUCGCACACAGCCAUAUCGCACACAGCCAUACCGCACUCAGCCAUAUCGCACACAGCCAUACCGCACACAGCCAUAUCACACUCAGCCAUACCGCACUCAGCCAUAUCGCACUCAGCCAUAUCGCACACAGCCAUACCGCACUCAGCCAUAUCGCACUCAGCCAUAUCGCACACAGCCAUACCGCACACAGCCAUAUCGCACUCAGCCAUACCGCACUCAGCCAUAUCGCACACAGCCAUAUCGCACUCAGCCAUAUCGCACACAGCCAUAUCGCACUCAGCCAUAUCGCACUCAGCCAUAUCGCACACAGCCAUACCGCACUCAACCAUAAUAUACAACACUCAGUUUAACAAUGUGACAAGAUAUCCAGGACAUUAUAACAUCACACUCAGCCAUAUCGCACUCAGCCAUACCGCUCUCAGCCAUACCGCACACAGCCAUACCGCACACAGCCUUACUGCACACAGCCUUACUGCACUCAGCCAUAUCGCACUAAGCCUUACUGCACACAGCCAUACCGCACACAGCCAUACCGCACUCAGCCAUACCGCACUCAGCCAUACCGCACACAGCCUUAUUGCACUCAGCCAUAUCGCACACAGCCUUACUGCACUCAGCCAUAUUGCACUAAGCCUUACUGCACUCAGCCAUACCGCACACAGCCAUACCGCACACAGCCAUACCGCACUCAGCCAUACCGCACAUGCCCUGCUCAGCCAUAUAGUACUCAGCCAUAUCGCACUCAGCCAUACGCACACAGCCAUGGCGCACACAGCCUUACUGCACUCAGCCAUAUGGCACUAAGCCUUACUGCACUCAGCCAUAUCGUACUCAACCAUACCGCACACAGCCAUACCAACACAGCCAUACCGCUUUACAGCCAGCCUUACUGCACUCCACCCAUAUCGCGCCUAAGCCUUACUGCACUCAGCCAUAUCGCACACAGCCAUACCGCACACAGCCUUACCGCACUCACCCAUAUCGCACUAAGCCUUACUGCACUCAGCCAUAUCGCACUCAGCCAUAUCGCACUCAGCCAUACCGCACACAGCCAUACCGCACACAGCCUUACUGCACUCAGCCAUAUCGCACUAAGCCUUACUGCACUCAGCCAUAUCGCACUAAGCCUUACUGCACUCAGCCAUAUCACACUCAGCCAUACCGCACAAAGCCAAACUGCACUCAGCCAUAUCGCACUCAGCCAUACUGCAUACAGCCAUACCGCACACAGCCAUAUCGCACUCAGCCAUACCGCACACAGCCAUACCGCACACAGCCUUACCGCACUCACCCAUAUCGCACUAAGCCUUACUGCACUCAGCCAUAUCGCACUCAGCCAUACUGCACUCAGCCAUACCGCACACAGCCAUACCGCACACAGCCUUACUGCACUCAGCCAUAUCGCACUAAGCCUUACUGCACUCAGCCAUAUCAUACUCAGCCAUACCGCACACAGCCAUACCGCACACAGCCUUACUGCACUCAGCCAUAUCGCACUAAGCCUUACUGCACUCAGCCAUAUUGCACUCAGCCAUAUCGCACUCAGCCAUACCGCACACAGCCAAACUGCACUCAGCCAUAUCGCACUAAGCCUUACUGCACUCAGCCAUACUGCACACAGCCAUACCGCACUCAGCCAUACCGCACACAGCCAUACUGCACUCAGCCAUACCGCACACAGCCUUACUGCACUCAGCCAUGCCGCACACAGCCAUACCGCACACAGCCAUACCGCACACAGCCUUACUGCACUCAGCCAUAUCGCACUCAGCCAUAUCGCACUCAGCCAUACCGCACUCAGCCAUAUCGCACUCAGCCACAUCUCACUCAGCCAUACCGCACUCAGCCACAUCGCACUCAGCUUUCCGAUGUGUCCACCAGAAUAAAUUUGCCGACAGCUUGCCAAAAAACAACUAGAUACUCGGUGAAAUCAUAUACAGUGGCCCAUCCGGAUUGA